AUGUAAGUGGACCAGAGAAGUUAAAACCUGCUGUAGUUCAAGGUCCAGCUGUAUGAAUUUUACUUAUUGUUGAUCUCUCUUUGUCUCUCAUUAGAGUAUAACUUUCCUGAGGGCAUGGUAGGGUUUAUUCCCUCUUGUAUUCCCAGUGCCUAGAAUGGUGCCUGUACCAUCGAAUGACUAUGAUGUCAUCACAUAAAGUACUUGAUAAAUGAAGGCUGGAGGGAAGGAAGAAAGGCUGUGAGUGACUCUUGUUGGCUUCCCCCUGUCAUAAUUGACCUCCCCCACAUUUUAGACAACCCAGUGUAAGCUAGCAAUCAGCCCACUCCCUACACAGCACAGCCUGAUCUUGAGGUAAAUUUGGAGGCUCCCAGGUUCUGGCAGUCUUCACGGUUGGUGAAUUGUCAUUAGUAUUUGGUGUAUAGAGGCAUGUUUCGUGAAACCAGUAAACGCCCCCUCUCUACACGGUUCUACUAUUUCAUACAUUUCCAAGAAGUCAACAGGUAGUAAUAGAUACAGCCUGAUUGAUUUCUGGAAGGGUAAAGACAGAGUGUAUUUGCUGUGAGAUAGGUAAAUGGAAUCUUUGGCACUGAGAUUCCAUUAUCUUUUCUGCAUGGAUAAAAGGUGUAUGACUUACUGACCAUUUAAUCCCACACACAGCAUUAACAGUAGUGAUAGGUGAGGGGUGUGUGAGGAGAGGGACUUGUAAAUAAGAAGAUGAUAGGAGUGUAAAACCCAGUUUGGCAGGGUCUGCCUGGGAUUUUUCUGAGUCCCUGGCAAUACUUAAUUAACUGCAAACAUUCUAUUCAAGAUAAGACUAUAACAGUUGCCUUGGGGAAAAUUCUUUUGAGUCAAUAUUUGUUUGAUCUUUCAUAUAGUAUUUUCGCUCUGCUGUUCGUGCUAUAGCAAAGUUCCUAUUAUAAAUGCCAUUUUCAAGGAUUUGCUGUAUUUACACAUCAGGUCAGUCCUGGAAGGAUUAGAAUCACUGUUUAAAUAGAGACUCUAAGGAGUUUCAAACAAAUCUUUAACAGUGGAAACCUUUUGUUUCAGCCAGUUGACAAAUAAUUAUUAAAAACUGGGUUAAGUGGUUCGGGGGAUCUCAAAAUACAGAAUAAGAUCUUUGCCCUCAGUUGGCUUAUAAUCUAGCUGUGGGAAUAAGGCUUUAAUCAGUCUAUGUGAGACAAGAUUUAUGUGCUAAAUAAUAAUGAUGGCUACAUUGCUGGAUGACGAAUAGCACUGAGCACGGUCUUAGGGGUUUUCUAACCACGAACUCACUCAUGUUGUCUUUCCAGUAGCCCAGUGAGGCAGGCGCUACUGGCUUAGAGUGAAUUUUGCAUAAAUAGACAGUGCUGUGGGAGUUUGGAGAAAGGGGGACCAGGGAAGCAGAAACACGUGAAGGAGAACUUUAAGAAGGACGUCUCUCAAUCUACAUCUGAAAACCGGGAAUGGCUGUGUAAGGGGAAGGAGGAAAAAAAAGGGCAUAAUGGGCACUUGUUGCUUUUGCUUGUAAAAUCAUUUGUGUGUCUUGAAAGUUCUUUUAGUCUUCCUAGACUCUCAGCACACGUGCUUCUGCUGAAGGGGGCUAUAAACAAAUACGUAGGCAAAACAUACAGGAGGUCACAUCAGUGUGAUAAGUGCUUUGAGGAAAAACAAAGACAAAAAGGAAAGAGUGCUGAGGUGGUGGAGGAGGGGAUCUGUAAUUUUAAAUAGGGUGGUCAGGGAACACUAACUGAGGCAUUUGAGUGAAGAUUGGAGGAGAGAGAAAGAGCUCUCCUAUGGGAAGAGCUUUCUAGGCCAAGGGAAUGGUGGGUGCAAAGGCCCUGGGGUGGCAACUUCCCUGAUUUGUUCAAGAAUCAUCAGAGUGGCUACAGAAUACUAAGCAGGGAGGAGAAUGGUAGCAGGUGACGUCUUCAUAGGCAAUGCAUGCCUCGUCACCAUUGCUUUUGGUGGUGCUGUGAUGUAGGAGGAGCUGGUGAGAGUUUUGAGUAAGUGGAAUGGGUCUUCCACAGCUGUAACUACUUUCUCCAGCCACGUGCAGCUGUAGCUCCUUUGGCUUUUAACCGGCAGCAGCUCUCAGUUCCUGAUCCGUUGCUGAUGUGGGCAGAGGUGUUUUGGCAGCUUCAUACCCACUGCCUGGCAGGCUGGUUACUUUGUUUGGGCACAGACCUCAUCACCAUUGGAGAGAGGAGCCUGACAGCCGUGUUCUCUCUGAGAUCACUGUGACCGUGUUCUUACUAAGGUCUCGGGGACACUUUACUGAUGAAAUCUGUAAAAUGUAAUCAGAUGUGAGUUUUGGACUUUCCCAUAACCAAGGUCAGAAUGCUGCCCCUCCGUCAUGCCCUGGCUGUAGCUGUUGUCCAGAUCUUUAUCUUGUCAGAAAACUGGGCAUUGGCCAAGAACAUCAACUUCUACAACGUGAGGCCUCCUCUGGACCCUACGCCAUUUCCAAAUAGCUUCAAGUGUUUUACCUGUGAAAAUGCAAGGGAUAAUUAUAACUGCAAUCGAUGGGCAGAAGACAAAUGGUGCCCACAAAAUACACAGUACUGUCUGACAGUUCACCACUUCACCAGCCACGGAAGAAGUACAUCCAUUACCAAAAAAUGUGCCUCCAGAAGUGAAUGUCAUUUUGUUGGCUGCCACCACAGCCGAGAUUCUGAACAUACAGAGUGUAGGUCUUGCUGUGAAGGAAUGAUCUGUAAUGUAGAGUUACCCACCAACCACACUAAUGCAGUCUUCGCCGUGAUGCAUGCUCAGAGAACAUCCGGCAGCAGUGCCCCCACGCUCUACCUACCAGUGCUGGCCUGGGUCUCCGUGCCUCUGCUGACAUGAAGCCACUGUUCCUAAGAGAGACAGAAACUGCCCUCCGAAGCACAAGCCAAAAACUGUGUGAACGCUGAACGUUUGAGUGAAGACCAGUCUUGCACUUGGUGAAGAGUGCACCUUGGACUACCCCAAAGCAGAAGCCAGUUGUUCGCUGAGCUAAAGCACUCCUAUGUCGGGCCACAGGAUGGAGGAAGGGCAUGUGGCAGGAAGUGAGGGGAUUGUCUGGCUUCCAGGCUUCCUGGUCAGAGGGGCUGCAUCUUGUCUCUUUUGCAGGGAGGAUCCUGCCAGUAUCUGCAACAGAGAGGUUGCAGCAGCCUGUUUUGGUCCUGCUGACCAGGCCUUUAGCUGAAUGGACUGCUUGACCUCAAGACUCCUUCAGAAGCUGCUGGGUCAGACUCUCUCAUUUCUGUGAUUAGCUCAGAGUGUCCCUAUGAAAUCAAC